AGACUUCGGAAACGCUCGGCCCGGCCUCACAAUUCACGAAAGAGGGGCAGAGCACUGUUCUGAAGCUCGCGUGUGACUAAUCUAGUUGGCCAGUGAGUUCUCUGUACUCCUCCGACAGAUCCUAAGAAACCGACUGCGCUGCUGAAAGCACAGAUCAACUCGCACAAGCCAACUGUGGAGGAAUGCCGUGUAACUACCGGGAAUAACGUUAGCGUUCAAACGGAAGCUACAAUUAUUCACCAAGUGGCGUGGUUUACAAGUUUAAGUGAACUCACCCGUGAAAACAAUACGGCCCAACGACAGAAGGAAACAUGGCAACUGGUGGGUUUAGAUCAAACGCAGCAACGGACUUUCUAGAGGAGUGGAAGGCAAAACGUGAGAAGAUGAGAGCAAAAAUGCUUGGGGACAUAGCCGCAGCCACAGGCGUGUGCACUGGCAGCGGAACAGGCUCAGCUUCUCUUGGGACCAACAGUAAUAAAAGUGAGACGCGCAGCGCAGCACCAACCACCGAGUUAAACAACAACGGCAAUCCAGAUCGUGGCAGCUCCACGUCUAGCAAUUGUGUAUCAGCAUACCCUAUGGCUCGGUCGGCCUCAUCCUCCGCGCUCAGGAGGCCAGACGAUGACCCACAAAUGACACCCGCCAGGUGUGCCGAAACAGGAAACCCGAAGAAAGCACCGCAGCCGGAGAAAGUGCCUGGCAGCCCGCAAGCAGAAGCCAACCCGAUUGCUUGCAAUGAUAGUGAUAAGGAAAGUCCGUCACCAGGCAAAAGCAAAGAGAAGAAGAGCUCCGGGCCCAGCGCCAGGAAAGGCAAGGGACAGAUUGAAAAAAGAAAGUUGAGAGAAAAGCGAAGAUCUACAGGUGUUGUCAGUAUACCGUCUAAUGAGAGUCUGGACGAGCUGGACGAUGAUGACAACGUGGAGAAGAACCGCAAGCAGGAGGAGGAACUGACGCAGCAGAACACUGUCCAGAACGAGGCCAUGUCUUUGGAGCCGACUCCCACUCACCUAGCACAGGAAGAGGACAGAGUCCAGACUUAUCAGGAGACUCCAAGAAGCGGGAGCGGCCGCCAUAAGAGCUCUAGCUCGACAGGCCCGGGUUCUGAAGAGGAGACGGGCGGUAACAGGCAGCGCCAGGGUUACGGUCGCCAUGGCAGAGAGAGCAGCGCUGGAGGCCCUGGUGGCCUGGAGAGGAGACUUGAGGAGCUGGAGAAGGAGCUUGCUGCGGAGAGGCAGGAGAACGCCCGUAUGUUCAAGGCCCACCAGGACAAAGAUGAGCUCAUCGCCAAGCUGAAGGAGGAAAUCGACCUGCUGAACAGGGAUCUGGAUGACAUCGAGGACGAGAACGAGCAGUUAAAGCAGGAGAAUAAAACUCUGCUGAAGGUGGUGGGCCAGCUGACGAGGUAGAGUCCCGGGGCGGCCUGAAGAAAGGAUGAAGAAAGAAGAGAGAAGACGCAUCUGGAUUGUCUGUUUGGCCUCGCAGGAGUAAGGGGAAAGGAAAAGCCUGUGUGCUCAAUGUUGGUGGGAGGGUGGGCAGCUUUGGCUGGGGCAGAGGUCAGCGUCCUGUUUUAUUGUCUUUUUUGUUGUUGUUUGUUUGUUUGUUUGUUAGUUAGUUAGUUAGUUAUUUAGUUAGUUAGUUAUUCAGCUUUAGUGUCACGUGAGGAUCCCUGUUCCCUUACACAUCUGAAGCGGCCGCCUGACAUGAACAGCACUUGUAGAGCUUGCAGGCUGGCACCGCAAUGCAUUUUGGGUUAUAAAGGUCCUCUUGCAAAAUCGAAUGGGGCAACUAUAGUCUGGCAACACUAUUUAAUGUAAAUGUUUUGUACAUAGGCUUUUUUUGUUUUUUUGAUAAAACUGAAAAAGGAAAUUAAAUUGAAUGUAUAAUGUUUUGCACCACCAAGUGCUAGCUCCAAGGGCUUAUGACCUUUAUCAUGAGUGGCACGUGACCAACUCUGAAUCACCCAAGGCAAUGGGCAGCAGACAUUGAAGGUUAGCCAUGGCAUUGUUCUCCCACAAUUUAGGCAUGUUUGAAGCCCUCCGCUGAUGGCGGUAGCCAAAAAUAAAAACCUCAAGGCCCGUAGGUGUGAGCCUGUGCCAUUAAGACCAAAUCCGAGGCAAAAUCGCUGCUUCCAUCAGCCAAAGUGGAAAUAAUGUCCUGCACAUUUUGUGUGUCUGCUCUCAAAAAAUAUGUCAGGGUCAUCUCCCUGGGGGAAGCAAAAGUUUCAUUCUUUCUGGUAAUUUUUUCUCAAAAGUCCAUUUCUCUUUGUUCAAUCUGCAUUAACUAAAAAAACCCAUAAGCAACAAACGUCUUCAAGUCAUUAAAGAUGAAUUGAAACAUGACACAUAAACAAAUAAAAUACUUAAAGUAUAUCCCAUUAAGAAUCAUGUAAGCAUUGAAGAAGCAAUCAUGUUGGUGGCUACAGGUUAUAUUUUGUGUCAUAGAGAUAUAUCAAUGUUAUAAUUCAUGACGUUUACAAAACUUCUUUUACUUCAGUAUCAGUAGAGGUAGCUCUUCAUGAUGCAAGGUGAGCAAGAAAAUAUAGAAUAGGCUGCUGCAGUGCAUUUUCAUUUUGUAUAUUAUUCUUUAACCAAAUCAGCAAAAAAAAAAAGGACCGACGUACUUUAACGCCAUGCCUUAUCAAGAGCAUCUCAUUCAGCAGCGGGCUGUCUUAACAUUACUCCAAAUAGCAGUGUGCGAACACAGCCAAGCACAGUGGGGUCUAUGACUCACCGACUGGAUUUAGGUGGUUUGGGUCUCCGCGCCAGAGCCCGUCAAGCACAGCACAUCUCCAGCUUUGAACAUACGUACUCAGUGAUGCUGAAUGGGGAAGGUGGGGGGGGGGGGGGGGGGGGGGGGUGGUGAGAUUAAAUAAACAAGGAGAGAAAGAUGGAAGGAUGGGAGUUUUUUUGGUCUGGGGAGGGAGGGAGGGAGGGAGGGAGGGGAGAAGGGGGACCUGGGUAAUGGCUGAGGUCCAAUCCACUUCGCACUUCCACUCUCUCUUUCCCUCUCUCUCUUUCUCUCCCUCUCUCUCUCUCUCAUUCAUUCCCUUGUUGUGCAUGUACAGAAGAUGAAGUCAUUUAAUAAAAGUUUGAUUCUCUCU